AUGAGAUUGCUUCGGGCCAUCACCUGGCAAAUCCAACUGCCUCUUUUAGCUCUGGGAUUGCUGGUUCUUAUAGUUCCGCUCAGCGUUGAAUCUUUCCUGAUACCACGUCCUCAUGCACCUACACCAAUUCCCAUCAAUGGCCAGGAGUGCCAUUUCGUUCGGCAACUGCAAACCUGUAAUCAAGUACAAUCUGCUCUCUAUCAGCAAAUACAGAGGAAUGACAAUGGAGACGAGAAUCCGCGGCGUUUCCAACGUGUUCGCACGGUGCUCAGGCGAGUCCGCAAACGAGCAAUUCCCGUUGUGGGUUCCCUCCUGGUUUGGUGGGCCGUCCGUGUCAGUCCAGUGGAUGCCGUCGUCAAGCCAGCGACACCGACCUAUAGCAUACGACCCGGUAUGUCACAAACUGAAGCACAAGAUCUUUCGGAAGGAAAAGCAGAUAUCAAACAAUUUGAAGGAGCGGGUACCACUUCCUUGCAGCAGCAACAAUCACAAGAGUCAGCACCCAAGCCUUCGACUCCAAAAAAGUCCAUCUAUGGUGACUUGGCUGAAGACGAGGAAGAUGACUUUGAUUUGGAUGAAGAUGAUGAGUACGACUUUGCCCGACGAACCAUGCCAACACGUGCCGACGAAGCCAUUGCCAAGCGAAUGCAGACUAGCAAUCAACCCUCACAUUUUGCCAGCUAUCGAAAGGAACGGAAUCUCAUGAUGUACGUCAAGAAACCAAAAGGACCACCCGACGCGGGAGGCAGCGGUAGUGGAGGCUUUGACCCGGGACAUGGUGAAGCUAGUGACGAGGAUAGGGAUCGUCUGAACAAUCUAUUUGACAAGUCUUAA